GUUUAGCGACUCAACUUGGAAUAUCCGGUGGUAUCUUAGCAUAUUGUUUGUUACAGUUUGAAUGGAAUCGGCGUCGAAAGUCCAUGACAUAUUUAUAUUCUCCACGUACAAAGCUUUCAAAAAAUGCAUCACCACCGAUUCCUCCUGGUCUAUUUUCUUGGAUCAAGGUUUCCCUUUCUUUAGACGAAGAAUUUUAUUUGAAGAAUGUUGGUUUAGACGCUGUGAUGUACAUUCGAUUCCUAAAGAUGGCAUUCCAAUUUUUACUAUUUAACGUCUUGAUUGUUGGUCCAAUCCUUCUUCCGAUAAAUUAUUAUGCUGGAGGCACAAAUGAGGGAGUUGCUGGGCUUUCCAUUAGCAAUAUUCCUAGUGGCAUUAAAGAUCCGUUAUGGGCUCAUACAAUAUGUACAUACCUGGUGAGCUUAAGUUGGAUGUAUCUUUUAUAUAAAAAUUAUUGUGAUUACAUAGAUAUGUUUAGGCAGCAUCUCUUAAACAGGGUGAAAAAUGACCCGAUUACUGCUCGAACAGUGAUGGUUUCAAGGAUUCCUCCUGAACUGAGAACUGAAGAAAAACUUAGAGAGUUUGUAGAAAAGCUAGGCUUGGGACCUGUUGAAUCGACUAGAAUGGUACGGCACAUAGGCAAAUUAGACAGAAAGAUAAAGAGACGAGAGGAAGUUCUGCUAGCAUUGGAAAAAGCUCACAUACAACUCGCGAAAAAAUGUGAGACAAAGGAACAUCAGAGAAUUCAAUCGAUCGUAGAGUGGCUGGAUGUGCGUAAACGGAAACGGACUAAUAAUAUUGGAAAGCAGGUUUCGUCAGAUCAAGAUAAUUUUACUACAAGAAAUGCAACUGUAACUACAGCCAGCACCUUUACUAAUGAAGAUAUUAUGGAACAAGAGGAUGGAUAUGUAGGAUUUAUGGGAAGUGGAAAAAGUGUUUUGUCGAUCGACCAUUUCAUUAAAAAAUUCAACUAUUUGAACCGUCGCAUUGCAGAACUAAGAUCAUUGCCAAUAAAUGCAACACCAUAUAAAGCAACAAGUACUGGCUUCGUAACAUUUCGGGAUCAUAUUAGCGCUCAACUUUGUGCACAAAGCAUAAUGUAUUCAAAACCACAUACAUGUACGACAAAAAUGGCACCGGAACCAAGAGAUUUACUUUGGGACAACUUAUUUAUGAGAUUUCGGGAAAAAAUGAUACGUACUGUUAUCGUAAAUAUAUGCGUCUGGGCUUUGACAUUAUUUUGGCUUUUUCCAAUUGUUGCUUUUCUUACGUUGACAUCUAUCGAUUCACUUUCCCGUCGUAUUCAAUUCUUGGGUCCGUUUCUAGAAGCUGCACCUAUAAUCCGGACCUUGCUUCAAAAUGUAUUGCCAACAGUACUGGUUUCAUUUUUCAUGGCAAUUUUGCCCUGGAUUUUAAUGGAGCUUUCAAAACAAGAAUACUUUCCAUCUUACUCAGCUUUGGAAGAGGCGGUCCUUGUUCGACACUAUUACUUUACUCUCUUCAAUGUUUUCGUAGUAUUCUUGUUGGGAAUUACCUUUUUACAAUCAAUUUUCGAUGUCAUAAACAGUCCGACAAGUAUUUUCGAGGUUUUGGCAAUUAGUCUGCCGCAGGGUGCAACUUUUUUCAUCAACUACGUUAUUUUCAAUACAUGUACCCACGGACUAGAACUUGUCCAAGUCGGAUCGCAAAUUUUCCUUCACAUAAUUCUUACCUCCCGAUUUGUAGCAACUACUCCACUCCUCGUUAUUACCAUCACCUAUUCAACCAUCAACCCCUUAAUUCUGGUUUUUGCCCUCAUUUACUAUGCUAUUGCCCUUUUGGUAUUCAAGCACCAAUUUGCUUAUUGUUACGUGCGCCGAUAUGAAUCCGGUGGAAAGCUAUAUCGCCGAGUCUUUAAAUAUACCACUGAUGGAUUGAUUAUCUUCCAGAUAACCGUCAUCGGUAUGAUCUGGUUGCGCACAGCCAUUGUUCCUGGAGCCUUUCUUAUUCCGCUUUUAAUAGGCACAGGAUAUUUUAAAUAUUAUUGUCACAAAACCUUUUACUCCAGGACACAUUUCUUGGCUCUGGAUACUAGGCUUGAGGUAGACCAAGAUGGUCAAGCUGGUGUUGAUGUUCAAACGGAGAAGCCUAUUACCCAAUCACCCAAAUUAUCCCAGGAUAAUGAUGAUUUAGGUGGAGGCGUGAGCACUAAACCAAAAGAGAAUACGGAAUUUGGGGUGGGAAGCAUGUUUGGGAGGAAAUCCACAAGUGACGGAUUUCGUAGAUUAGAAACAAUCUCAGGGAAUGCUAGUGAAGGUAGCACAAAGGAUAAUGUUCCUGAAAACAAUCCUACUUCCUUGGAAAACAGAAGUUUGAUUACUAUGCAGACAAACAAUCAACUAAAGGAAAAGAUUAAUAACAAAAGGGAUAGCAAAAAUGUGUUACUCAGUUCUACGGAGAACCCAUCUAGAUUUGAAAUAUCUAUCGAGAACCCUGAACAAAAACGAGGUGUUGAUUUCGAAUGUACAGCCACAGCCAUUCCGGUUAAACAAUCUCAGACAAUCGAUGUAACGGAAACCUCUCCCGAAUUAACUUCAUACAAAAAAAGAAAUAACAAUGGAAAAAAUAGAUAA